GGCGUCCGCAGCGGCAGCGCGCAGGGCAGGCGCGAGCCGGCCAGGGAGCCCCGGCCUCGGCACGCCCGGCGCCGCCUUCCGCGCAGUCCCCGGGCUCGGUCACUGCCAGGUCCCCUUCGAGCGCGGCGCGGAGACGAGUGGGCGAGGAUGCCGUACGAGAUCAAGAAGGUGUUCGCCAGCCUCCCGCAGGUGGAGAGGGGCGUCUCCAAGAUCCUCGGCGGGGACCCCAAGGGCAGCAAUUUCCUGUACACCAACGGCAAAUGCGUCAUCCUGAGGAACAUCGACAACCCCGCCAUUGCUGACAUCUACACGGAGCAUGCCCAUCAGGUGGUAGUGGCCAAGUAUGCACCCAGUGGAUUCUAUGUCGCUUCUGGAGAUGUCUCUGGGAAACUGAGGAUCUGGGAUACCACGCAGAAGGAGCACCUCUUAAAAUAUGAGUACCAGCCUUUUGCUGGGAAGAUCAAGGACAUUGCCUGGACUGAAGACAGUAAGAGGAUCGCCGUGGUCGGGGAAGGAAGGGAGAAGUUUGGUGCUGUCUUCCUGUGGGACAGCGGUUCCUCUGUGGGUGAGAUCACAGGACAUAACAAAGUCAUCAACAGCGUGGACAUCAAGCAGACCAGGCCCUACCGGCUGGCAACAGGGAGUGAUGAUAACUGUGCUGCCUUCUUUGAGGGCCCCCCAUUCAAGUUCAAGUUUACAAUCGGCGACCAUAGCCGCUUUGUCAACUGUGUGCGGUUCUCUCCUGAUGGGAACAGAUUUGCCACAGCCAGUGCUGAUGGCCAGAUAUACAUCUAUGACGGGAAGACGGGGGAGAAAAUAUGUGCCCUUGGAGGCAGCAAAGCCCAUGAUGGAGGAAUUUACGCUAUCAGUUGGAGUCCUGAUAGCACCCAUUUGCUCUCUGCCUCUGGAGACAAAACCUCUAAGAUUUGGGAUGUCAACGUCAACUCUGUGGUCAGCACGUUUCCCAUGGGCUCCAACGUUCUGGACCAGCAGCUGGGCUGCCUGUGGCAGAAGGACCACCUCCUCAGUGUCUCCCUUUCUGGAUACAUCAACUACCUGGACAAGAACAACCCCAGCAAGCCCCUGCGGGUCAUCAAGGGUCACAGUAAAUCCAUCCAAUGUCUGACGGUGCACAGAAAUGGUGGCAAGUCCUACAUCUACUCUGGAAGCCACGAUGGACAUAUUAAUUACUGGGAUUCAGAGACAGGGGAGAACGACUCCUUCUCUGGGAAAGGCCACACGAAUCAGGUGUCCAGGAUGACUGUGGAUGAGUCUGGGCAGUUGGUCAGCUGCAGCAUGGAUGAUACUGUUCGGUACACCAACCUCACACUGCGGGACUACAGUGGACAAGGAGUUGUGAAACUGGAUGUUCAGCCAAAGUGCGUCGCUGUCGGUCCUGGGGGGUAUACCGUAGUCGUGUGCAUUGGGCAGCUUGUCCUCCUGAAGGACCAGAAGAAGUGUUUCAGCAUCGACAGCCCCGGCUAUGAGCCUGAAGUUGUGGCCGUGCACCCUGGUGGGGACACAGUAGCUGUCGGAGGCACGGAUGGCAAUGUGCAUGUGUACUCCAUCCUGGGCACCACGCUGAAGGAUGAAGGCAAGCUCCUAGAGGCCAAGGGGCCCGUGACAGAUGUGGCCUAUUCCCAUGAUGGAGCCUUCCUGGCUGUGUGUGAUGCCAGCAAGGUGGUCACAGUGUUCAGCGUGGCUGACGGCUACUCGGAGAACAACGUUUUUUAUGGACACCACGCAAAAAUCGUGUGCCUGGCCUGGUCACCUGACAACGAACAUUUUGCCUCUGGCGGCAUGGAUAUGAUGGUGUACGUGUGGACGCUAAGUGACCCAGAGACCAAAGUCAAGAUCCAAGAUGCUCACCGGCUGCACCACGUCAGCAGCCUGGCCUGGCUGGACGAGCACACGUUAGUCACCACCUCCCAUGACGCUUCCGUGAAAGAGUGGACAAUCACCUACUGAGGAUGCUGACCGCUCCACGGACCGAAUCAGGGACUAGUUUAACUGCCUUGGAGCACCCUUCUCUAACUUUCUGUAACACGCCCCUUCCACCUGCCCCAGGAGGGAGCAGAGCCUGUGCAUACCCUCCCCUCUGCAGGGUGUCCAUGUCUGUACGUGUCCUUCUGAAAGCUUUAGACAGAAACAGUUUGCACAUGAGAAAUAAAGCAAGCACUUAAACAGCGUGUGGAGCGUAACUAAAAACUUACAGCCCACCAGACCUUGAGAGCAUGGAACAUUCCAGGGGCAACAGCCUCCAAAGCACAGACCCCAGCCCCUGUGGCUCUUGCUGCCUGGCAGGAAGCUGGGCAGGGCACAGACCACAGUUCCCCUUUCCUGUGCAGGACACAUCUGCCCUGGAGAGGAGGGGCUGACGGUGCGGACUGCCAUGUCAGUGUUCUGUGUAGAGCAGGUGUCUGUUUCUCAGUGUGAGUCCUGUCACGUGGCUGCCUCCAGGGAGCCACCCCGGAUUCUACCGGGACAUGUAAACCUUGAUCUUGUCAGAUUUUGUGCUUGGUUUUAAAGAAUGGAAUCAUGAUUAUUUUUUUUUUAAUGUACCUUGACUGUUGUCUGUCAUGUUCCCAAGUUGGCGCGCUGACAGUGCCAUGUCCAGAUGUGUAGAGCCCUUGCUAGCCAGGCUGAGGUGUCCUGGUCACAUCACCAUGCUUCAGUGUUUUCCUGUCUCUCCCCUUCUGGCCCCAAGAGCAGAGAUGAUGGGCAAAGCUGGUGCCACUGUAACUGGUCAUCGUUUUUCUCUUUUCUUUUUUCAGUGAAGAAAUUAAAAGUAAGUAUAAAGCAUUGUGAUUUGGAGUUUCUUUGCGUGUGUCGGAAUCACUGGUAAAUGUUGGCUGAGAACAAUCCCUCCCUUGCACUUGUGAGAACACUUUGAGCGCUUUAAAGAGAUUAGACAGAAAUAAUUAAAUAUCUUUUCUCUCGA